CUUAUUUUUAGUAGCGUAGAGUCUCUUUUGGAACCUGAGUAUGUUUAAUUUUGCUGUUGGAUUCCGAGCGGAAAAUUCAUUAUGUGACAUGGGCAGACGCAGACCAGACUGGUGGUUGGAACAGCAACAUCAACAGCAGCAACGGGACUUGCUGGAUGACGGUUGUCCGAGAAACGCUGCCAACGCGAGGGAGAGGGCUCGGAUGCGCGUGCUCAGCAAGGCGUUUGGCCGACUCAAGACGACACUGCCUUGGGUGCCGGCCGACACCAAACUGUCGAAGUUGGACACGCUGAGGUUGGCCACCACGUACAUAGCACACCUGAGCUCGUUGCUGACGACUGCCGAGCAGCCGGACGUCACCGACCAGCGAGAGACCGCGACUCAGGUUUCGGUCACGUCCACGCAACCACUAAACUACGCCAUGGUAAAAUGCACAAUUAUAUAA